AAUGGUGCUUUCUUUCCUGAGAACAGUGCAGCCGGCAAGACGUACAUCUAGUCCACUGGGGAGACAACUCGGUUCACCCAGCGCAAAUAAACCAGUGUUGACUUUGUUCACCAAGAAACCAUGCCCUCUCUGUGAUGAAGCAAAAGAAGUGCUUGAGCCACAUAAGAAAAGGUUUAUUUUGCAGGAGGUGGAUAUUACCCUUCCAGAAAACUCAACAUGGUAUGAUAAAUACAAAUAUGACAUACCUGUUUUUCAUUUAAAUGGGAAGUUCCUAAUGAAGCAUCGAGUAGACAUGCAAAAGUUUGAGGACCAGCUAACAAAGCUGGAGCUGCAAAACGAUGGAAACCAGUGAAGAAAACAUAGCUGUUCUGGUGUGGAUCUGAAAGGAUUUUGCAACAUCAAUGGUGUGAAAGGGCAGCGUUCAUUAUCAGGCCUUACUUUUCUUAGAACUUAUGGUAUGUGUUUCUUGAAAAAUGGGAUGACUUCUGUUCGAUUUCGUAUUAGCAGUCCCGCCCAGCUCUCUGAGUUAACAACCUUUCCUGUACCAUUCAUCUGCUGCUAUCCUAGAUUGUUUGGCUUUUCAUUGACAGAAUAAAUGCUGCUCUACAGUAGCAGAUAAAACAAAAUGUGCUUCCAGAAUGUUAGUACCUGUAAGCUGUAGGUCUGUAAGAGGCCUCCUUGUAGAGGCUUAACAAUGUAUCCUAAGUGCUCAUUUUGAAAUGGAGAAGAGGGAGGGCAGUUACUGUAAGUGAAAAGGACACUUGACUAAAGACAGAACACUAACUGAAACAGAGUCAUAGUUAAAAAAGUCAUCACAAUUUGAUAUAGUUAUUACUCAUACAUGAGCACUGAAUGGAUUAUUUUUCUUUUAAUGGGAUGAACAUGUUGAACUUAAGCCUGUCGCAUCUAGUACAGUGAGCGUGGAGUUCUUUAGUACUUGAGUUAACCCCACCGACAGCUGAGGAGAAAAAGAAGAAAAAAAGUGCAGUGUAAUUGAGCCAACAGAACCAAACCUGUAAUGGAAAUAAGAUUUAUGAAUUACAGAUGUGACUUUCUAAUUUCAGAGUGUAAAAUGGAAGCAUGAAACCUGGAGUUUCAUUACAAAUUUGCUGGCCUAAGAUAAUGUGACUUCUCCCUUAGAGCUCAGCUACGUUCUUAAAAGUAAAUUAAGCUAAUAUGCGGUCUGUUGCCAUAUUUAGGGGUAUACGUGGCAUAAUUCUCUGUCCUUACAAGCUCAGUGAGCAGAGAGUUUCUCUAAUCACGUUACAGGAACGGUUCUUGGACCAAUGGGCUAGAGUUCUGUGGUAGCUUAGCCUGGUCUUUAUGCUGACAGACAGGAAUCACAUUUCAGUUCACUUGGCAACACAACUGCAAAUCCAUUUAGCAAUUUCAAGAAUACCCUUUUAUUAAGGGGUAGUGCGGUUCUGUUAGUGCUUCACUGGAAGAACGUAAGGUGGGCAGAUAGAAUGCCUAUGUUAAAAUAUGUUUUCAGGAGAAGAAAGAUUAAGGGACAGUCAACUGUUGUUUUAAGCUGAAUAGUCUGUGAUAAACUCUGAAGAAACGUGUUUGUAUUUUUGGUCUACUUAAUAGAUCCUUCUCAACAGAAGCUAAAUCCAUACCUCUUGCAUUUCUGUUCUUUCUGUCAUUGUGGUAUUCAAUCUUAACUUAUUAGAAAAGUAAAAAAGGACACUUGCCUGAUAUGGUCUUCAUAUUGUGAAGAAUCCAGCCAUGACACCCAGUUAGGCCAGCAAACAGGAUUCAUUACAGACUUUAGCUUAUGGCGUGUGGUUUGAUGAGAGCCCAGGUGAUGAUAGUGGGCAGUUCCACUCCCUCUGUCCUCUGUGGUCUCAUCCUGCUGUGGCUUUAGCCUUUGACAAACCGUUUGCUAAGCCAAAUCUGUUGGAUUCUGCAAGAUAUGGAAACUUUCUGGGGUGAGAAAUUAAAACCUGUUGACAGUUCAGUAAUUUGUGUCCACUCUGCAAAGGGUCUGAAAGCAUCUCGCAGAGGGGGAGAGGUACACCCUUUUUAUAGCAGAGAGCUUUAGGUAAGUUAGCCACAUCCUCCAACUAUUCCAAGAUGUUUGUAGGACUUCAGAAACUUUCGCUGCAUAGCACUUCACCUCUUGAAGAGGUCUGCAGAGAGAGUGGCAUCAUAUGGGAAGGGUUCACUAGAUUUGCAAGAACUCAAGGGCAGUCCAGCAGUUUAAGCACCUCCUUAAACCUAUUUUGAGGUUUCAUAUCAGCAAUUUGCUUAGCUGUUUGACCCAAAACAGAAAUUGUAGCCAACUGUUCUUUCUGUAGAAAAACCCUCUGUGACUUUAAGUCAUCUGUUUAUUUUGUAACCUUACUUUUACCUCCAGAGCCUUCUGUUUUACCUCGGUGUGGUCAUAUGCAGUUAGUGGAAGAGUAGGUGGAGGAGAUUGUCAAAAAACAAGCUGAAACUUCCCGGGGGUAAGUGACUGCACCCAGGGUAAUGCCAGCAAAGCAUUAAGUAUA